UUUUAACUUGUUGCAUUAUACCGCAUUCAUAAUUUGCCUCUUAAGGGCCGUUUGUAACUGAGCACCGUAAGGUUUUAAUAUUUUCACAUUGCAGAUUUUGCAAUGUGAAUCGUGGUUUUCUGUUGCAGAAGUGUACAACCUGUCCCAGCCCCAUAAUGUAGCAUUCAAAUUUGUUGAGAUUAUUAUUUAGUUUUUUGCUAUUCUAAGACGUCAAUAGGCAAAUAAGUGCCACAACUACAGAUACCCAAUUUCUUGAAUUGUAGUAUCUAAGAAACGUUAGUCUCCUUUAUAGAGUGAUAAAGUGUUAAAUAAUCUGGACAGAUAACGCAUGCACUUGUAAGUAGAGUGGACCUUGUUUAAACAUUUUGUUUACUAAUUUUGUACUUCUUGAGGCUUGCAUAAAAAUACUAAUUGAUUCCACAUGGAAGUAACCGAUUAUGGUAACCGACCAUUUCCCAAAAUAUCCCAAAUUUUUUUGCAUCUACUGUUCGAUUGAAUACGUAAUGUUAAGGAAAAUCAUUCUCGUUCACAGAUAAUGCCGAUUUCGCAUUCUCCCCCACAAUGGAUGAUAUUCUGUUCUAUGAGGAGCCUAUGACUUUAUUGGUUGCAAACUCCCAGAAUGCGCAGCAUGUUGGAUACAUGAACGACUUGCUGAAUAAUGGGGCGAACCACCUUUCACCUCCACCACCACAAGUAGAAGAAGCCCCAAGUAUUAGUAUUUUAGAAAAAUGCAGAUCUUACGACACCUUAAAUAUCCGAGGAUGUUUUGGUGUCACCACAAUGUACUCGGAAGUUGCACACCGACGUCUCAUAGACAUAAUUAACCAAUGUCGAUAUAUCGCAUCAAAAAAGGGGAUGGAUAAGCGACAGUUGAUUGAAUCCAUCAAGCAGGACGAAAUUCAAGGGACGACUUGGCUCACAGAUUUUCAGAAUACCCCGUGGCACCAUCAUGGUCAAGAAAUCAACAACAUGUCCCGAGAUAUUUCUCAAGUUUCUACUAACAUUAUUGGUCAUGGUGAAAAAGGUUGGGAUCCAUCUUCCCACCACUUGACUUGCGAUAAAGUGAACGCGACUUCUGAUAGAGCAAUGAAGCAUGCACUUCACAACGUCAUUCGACACCCACGCAUACCGAAAUUUAUAGGAAACACAUACACAAGGGAAAGCACGAGUCGUCCCUUGAUAACGGAUGACCAGCAGCCUAGCUGCACCCAACCCGAGAGACUUUCCACAUCCGCAUCACCGACACUUCCGAAAGGUGAGGAUGAGAGCUUAAUGGACGAAAUUAAAUUAAAAGUGUUUGAAGACUCUGACGAAGAGAGUGACUUUGACCCGUCGGUCUGUGAGGGGUCCAAGACCGACCUCUUGAAGACGAUCAAUUUCGAAAAUAUCAAUCACAAAUAUAUCGGCUGUAACGAAGAUGAGAAUGAGUUAUCGAACGGUAUUAAACCGAUUCGAAAACCAGCCGCACACAACUUGUUCAACUUUUAUGAAGAUGGAAAGAAAAGCAACACUCAAAUAGAUGCAGGGUGCAAUAUUGUCAGUUCAUGCAAUUCGAAAAAUUCGAAAAAUCAACCUUCAAAAGAUCCAUUAUUAUGCUGUGCAAAUAAGAAUCAGGAGAUUUUUCAAUCGGACCAAGAGUAUAGCGACACAAGAGACCUUAUCUUACAAACUGCUAGAGCCAAAGCAUGUGCUUCAUAUAUCCAGUUAAGGCACAAGAUGAGCCAGGACAGGGCACUGAACACCACCAAGGAACCAUUGACUGGAAGUUUGAACGAGUUUGACGACCUACUUUUGACAGAUUUUCAAACUUCCGAUGAAACAGAGCAGAAUAUUAAUUAGCGCUAAUAAAAUACUUUCAUGAUGAUU